CAUGACAUUGGGUUACUGGGACGCCCGCGGGGUGAGCGAGGCGUCCUCCUGGGCGGCUGGGAUGGAGGCGGGCGGGCGGGGAAACGCUGCGCAGCUGGGGACCGGUUCUGGCAGAAGGUUCCUCCUCCGGGGCUUGCUGGAGCCCAGCCCCAUCCUGCCGCCUGUCCUCUCAGGUGGGAGAGUGUGUGGGAGGCUGGGGUGUGCGUGGGAGGUUACCUGGAGAGAAAGGCAGCAGUCAGGCCCCUCCAGCUCUGACCUCUGCCCCGGCCUUCUGUCCCAGCUGGCUCACGCCAUCCGCCUGCUCCUGGAGUACACAGACUCAAACUAUGAGGAAAAGAAGUACACGAUGGGGGACGCUCCCGACUAUGACAGAAGCCAGUGGCUGAAAGAAAAAUACAAGCUGGGCCUGGACUUCCCCCAUCUGCCCUACUUAAUUGAUGGGGCUCACAAGAUCACCCAGAGCAACGCCAUCCUUCGCUACAUUGCUCGCAAGCACAACCUAUGCGGAGAGACAGAAGAGGAGAAGAUUCGUGUGGACAUUUUGGAGAAUGAGGUUAUGGACACCUUCAUGCACCUGGCUAGGGUCUGCUACAGCCCUGACUUUAAGAAACUGAAGCCUGAGUACUUGGAGGUGCUUUCUGAAAAAGUGAAGCUCUUCUCACAGUUUCUGGGGAAAAGGCCUUGGUUUGCAGGGGACAAGAUCACCUAUGUGGAUUUCCUGGCUUAUGACAUCAUUGACAAACUCCGUAUGUUUGACCCCAAGUGCCUGGAUGUGUUCUCUAACCUGAAGGACUUCAUAGCCCGCUUUGAGGGUCUGAAGCAGAUCUCUGUCUACAUGAAGACCAGCCGCUUCCUCCCAAAGCCUCUGUUUCUAAAGACAGCCUUGUGGGGCAACAAGUAGGGCCUUCUAAGUCCAGGAGCUGAGA